GGCGUCAGUCCGGAGAUCUACGUCCUUCUGAGCUCACUUCCGUCGGCUGGAGUCGGAUCGCUCUUCUUCCAGUCUCUCACAGCCUUUGUUCUCCCAUUUCCAUCCAGCCAGCGCAGCUGAGGAGAGGACAGGAGCAGAGCCAGUGUGGAAACCACAUAGGCGCAAAGUAGCGGACCCGUUCCGUCGCAGAAACGCCCGGUAGCCCCAUGCAAAGCGCCGUCCGCACUGAGGAUACGCGGCACUCCGUAGUUACAUAACUGGACUACUUUUUCUAUUACUGUUGGGGUUUUUUCAAGAUUUUUUUUGUUUUUGUUGUUGUUGUUGUUGCACCGAAAUUAACUCAAAAUGGAGAACGGUGAUAAAUACCUUCCUGAGCUGCUGGCGGAGAAGGACAGCCUGGACUCGUCGUUUACGCACGCCACGAAACUUUUAAACGCAGAAAUUGAUAGAAUCCAGAAAGGCGACACUAAAAAGGAGGCAGAAACAUACCUGGACCUUUUCACAACAAAGAACAUCAAACUCAAGGAACGAGUGCUCAUACCUGUUAAACAGUACCCGAAGUUUAAUUUCGUUGGGAAGAUUUUGGGACCUCAGGGUAAUACAAUCAAACGUCUGCAGGAAGAGACUGGAGCGAAGAUCUCUGUUCUGGGCAAAGGAUCCAUGAGAGACAAAACCAAGGAGGAGGGGCUGAGGAAAGGCGGCGAGCCAAAGUACGCCCACCUGUCCAUGGAGCUGCACGUGUUCAUCGAGGUGUUUGCGCCCGUGCCCGAGGCCUAUCUGCGUAUGGCACACGCCAUGGAGGAGGUCAAAAAAUUCCUCUUUCCUGACAUGAUGGAUGAUAUCUGCCAAGAGCAGUUCAUGGAGAUGAGCUACCUGAACGGAGGCCAGGAGCACGGAGCCCGAGGCCGAGGGGGCAUGCCGGUCAGGGGCCGCGGAGUCCCCCCUGGAGGAGCACACAGGGGCAGGGGGAUGCCUCCACGUGGUGCAGGCAGGGGAGGCGUGGCCCGAGGCGGUCCAGCCAGAGGAGGCGCGGUGAGGGGUGCCCCGACGGGCCGCGGAGGGCCGCCCGCCGCACCCGCCAGGGGAGCCGCAGCACCCCGCGCCAGGCCCCCAGCUGGCGGACCCCCGCAGAGGAUGGCACCUCCACCCCACCAGCACACACCUGCUGCAGCUGCAGAGAGCUACGAUGAAUAUGGCUAUGACGAGAGCUACACAGAGACGGGCUACGAUUCAUACGACAGCUAUUACAGCCAGCCGCAGGCAGAGCCAGAAUACUAUGACUACGGACACGGAGAGACCACCGAGUCAUACGAAUCAUACGGCCAGGAUGAUUGGAACGGAACCCAGAGGACAACCCCCGGGAAGGCCCCUCCCCCUUCCAGAGGCGGCAAGGCGCCCUACAGGGAUCACCCCUACCGACAGUACUGAAGUGGACCCACCACCCGUAACGUGUCGCCCUGACUACCGCCUGUCUACCACGGCAGCUCUCGCUUUAAGCAGCCCGACAAAAGUAAUUGUCAGUUUUGUCUUUGGUUUGGUCUUUUUUCCUACACUGGACUUUUUACGAGCGAGAAAAUUGGGAACUGAAAAUCGGAACUGGUUUUUUGAGAUUUGACCGCAAAGUCCCUCCCCCAUCCCCCUACUUUGUCGCUCCAACCAACCAACCAACCAACCACCCAACCAACCAACCAACCAACCAACCAGCCAACCAGCCAACCAUCCAUCCAACCAAAGCGGCUUUUAGAUGGGUUAGAGAGGAGACCUUGGCGUCCUUUUUUUGUUAGUUUCUCAUUUGAGUUUGUUUAUUUUGCUGUAUUUUUUUCUCUGAACCUUCUGCCCCCCCACCCCUCUGGCUUUUUUGCAUUGUUGAUCGUUAAUUUUUUAACUGUUUGGGAGUCUAGUGGAAGUAGUGGCGCAUUAUCCACAUGUCUAAGGAAUCCAUUUUAAUUGUUUUUAAAUACAAAGUAUCUGUCGAGGGUCAGUUGCAGAUUCCCAUUUAGGCUACAUUUCAAAAUUCUGUUAAUAUAGCAAAAUAAAAGACCUUUUAAACGUUCAAUUAUGUAAUAUAAAACAAAAAACAAUCUUACUUAAAUUACGUGAAGGUUAAAGAAUCAGUGUUAAUGGAAUAUAGUACAAUUCAUUCUUGAUGAUGGCUUGUUUUUAAAUAGUUCUAAAAUGUUGUCCAUUUAGACUUAGGCAGCAAUAUUUGUCAUUGUACUUAGAGUUUUGAAAUAUAGCCCUAAUAGACACUGUUGAGAUGGACUGUCCUCAUAUCCUCAAUUUGUUUUACAUGUUAAAAGCUAAUUUUAAGACACUGAAGACAAAAUGUUUGUUUCUGAGAACAUGGCCAAACAGACGGCCUCCUGUCAUGCUAAAAAAAAAUCCAGUUCAGAUCUUCAUUUGUGAUCUGAUUCUCUAUAAACUGCAUGCACAAAGUACACAAAGAAGGAUUGGGACAAAAAUCUCCACAUGGGUCUUCUCUUUCUAUAGAGAAGGGAUCCUGCAGCUCAAUCCGAACUCUUGUACAUAUUUUAAAACAUCCUAACUGUACUUAUUCUGCCACUAGUAUCUGUACCCUCUCCAUAAAAUGCAUUAUGCUACAUGUGUAAGCUUGCCUAAAUAGGUUACUAAAUCUGUCCAAAAGAUGUUUUGCAGCAGUUUGUCAAUAAAGCUUAGUUUGUUUUUUAUGAAACUUAA